AUGAUCAUUGUCGGUUCAUCGCAAGCCCCUAAAGGGCCGGCACCUUUGGACUACGAGUUAGCAUCGAGGCUAACAGCGAUGAGCAACCAGCAAAAUUUAGAGGGAAGACACGUCGAACAUUACGCAGCCGCACCUCCAUAUUAUCCAGGGCCUCCUGUUGGAGGGGAGCAUCCGAUGGUCAUCGUAAACGAGGCAUCAAUAGGUGCUCAAUAUCAAGCCGAACUUUUUGCGCGUUGUGCCAGAGGAGAUCAUCAGACCACAAGACGGUUCAGACCGCUAGGCAUUAUCACAGCUAUAGUGCGAAAUUCCCUCCAAGUUACAAACUUCUAUUUCUUUUCUGAAAGAGCCAUUCUUCUGGCUAGAUUCUGUUCCCCGUGGGAUUGCUUUGUUUAUACGCAGACUCCGAGAAGAAAUGCGCCCGUUGUGGUGAAAUCCUCUUAUCAUGAUGCCGAACGGGUCUAA